AUGAAGAGCGAGUACUGGUACAGUUUGGCGGGCGGCGCGGUGAUCGGACUCGCGUGCACCGCGUAUCUGUUUCUGCUGGGCCGUGUUGCUGGAAUCAGCGGCAUGAUCGGCCGCGUCGUUUCUGGGCGGAACAUCUGGCCGGACGCUGCGUUUCUGGCCGGCCUGGCUGCCGGGCCCGUUGUUUGGAGCCACGCCACCGGAGACUGGCCCGAGCUGUCGCUGAGCACGCCGUGGUACGUGCUGCUGCCGGCGGGGUUUCUUGUUGGCUACGGCACGCGUCUGGGCAGCGGUUGCACGAGCGGACACGGGGUGAUGGGUCUUGCACGGCUGUCUCCGCGGUCGAUGGUGGCCCGACCCGUGUCGUUACACGCUAAGAUGCGAAUUUUGUCUAUGCCAAUGUCCACUCUCUAUAUGCUGAUCUCCAAAUUUAUCUACCGAAUUGCUACAUUUCGGGCAAUACAACCAAUCUUCAUGUCGCUCAGAAACGCUGCAGCCUUCGUAUGCGGCCUGGCGUUCAGCGUGGGCCUCCUUCUUAGCGGAAUGGCCAACCCCGCCACCGUGCGCGCGUUUCUGGACCUCGCCGGCGACUGGAACCCGUCGCUGGUGUUUGUGCUGGGAGGAGCCGUGACCGUUGCGUUUGCCGGGUUGAGGCUGCAAAAACGGCUUGCGCGGCCUGUGCUGGAGACCUCGUUCCAACUGCCCACCGCACGCCAGAUCGACGCCCCUCUGGUGGCGGGCAGCUGUCUGUUUGGCGUCGGCUGGGGCUUGAGCGGGUUCUGUCCCGGUCCGGCCGUGCUGUCAGUGUUUGUCGGCCAAUGGCCGAGUCUGGUAUUCGUACUCGGCCUUCUACUCGGCGUCGCUACGUAUGAGGGAGGGAAAAGAAAACGCCCGCAAUGA